GGAAGAAUGGGCCAUUCCACUUUCGCUCCACCGCCUAUAUCUAGCAGCUUUUGUGUUCCUCCUCCGCCAAUUCAUAUAAAAAAAAUAAAAUCAAAUUAAAACCAUAAACACAACCAAUAUGGGCACCGGAGAGAAUCUCGAAUGGGAGCAGCGCCGCCGCGUGGAGGUGGAGACCCCGCCGGCGAAACCCUUCUACGAAGUCGUGAAAUCCACCGUCAAAGAGACGCUGUUCCCCGACGACCCGUUCCGGAGGCUGAAGAGACAGCCGCUCCGCAGAAAGCUGGUCAUGGGGUUGCAGUAUUUCGUGCCCAUACUGGAGUGGGCCCCGCGCUACAGUCUCCGGUCGUUCCGGUCGGACUUCGUCGCCGGAAUCACCAUUGCCAGCCUCGCCGUCCCCCAGGGGAUCAGCUACGCCGGCUUGGCCAAUCUCCCUCCCGUCAUCGGAUUAUACUCGAGUUUUGUGCCACCGCUUGUGUAUGCGGUGUUAGGAAGUUCUCGGGACAUGGCGAUAGGGACGGUGGCGGUGCCGUCGCUGCUAUUGGCGGCGAUGUUGGGGAAGGAAGUCAACCCCAAGCUCAACCCCAAUCUCUACCUUCACUUGGUUCUCACCGCCACCUUCUUUGCCGGCCUCUUCCAAGCUUCUUUAGGCAUCUUCAGGUUGGGAAUGAUAGUGGAUUAUUUGUCACACGCAACAAUAUUGGGGUUCAUGGGGGGAGCAGCCACUGUGGUUUGCCUGCAGCAGCUCAAGGGCAUUCUUGGCCUCGUCCAUUUCACCCAUGCCACCGACUUCUUCUCUGUCCUCCGCUCCAUUCUCACCCAAUUCCAUCAGUGGAGAUGGGAAAGUGGAGUCCUUGGAUGCUGUUUUCUCUUCUUCCUAUUGCUCACCAAGUACUUUAGCAAAAAGAAAGCAGCAUUCUUCUGGAUAAAUGCGAUGGCGCCGUUAACGUCCGUCAUCUUGGGCAGCGUCUUGGUCUAUUUCACCCACGCCGAAAAACAUGGAGUCCAAGUGAUAGGGGAGUUGAAGAAAGGGAUAAAUCCGGCAUCUGCAUCGGAGCUGGCGUUUGGUUCGCCGUACAUCGGCACCGCCAUUAAGGCUGGGGUCAUCACCGGUGUCAUUGCCCUAGCUGAAGGAAUAGCAGUGGGGAGAAGUUUUGCCAUGUUCAAAAACUAUCACAUUGAUGGGAACAAAGAGAUGAUAGCCUUUGGGAUAAUGAACAUUGCUGGCUCUUGCACUUCUUGCUACUUGACCACUGCACCGUUUUCCAGGACAGCAGUGAACUUCAACGCAGGAUGCAAGACAGCAGUGUCGAACAUAGUAAUGGCGGUGACAGUGAUGAUGACGCUCCUAUUCCUCACCCCACUCUUCUACUACACCCCUCUCGUCGUCCUUUCCUCCAUAAUAAUUUCAGCCAUGCUGGGUGUCAUUGACUACCAAGCCGCCAUCCAUCUAUGGAAGCUCGACAAAUUUGACUUCCUCGUCUGCAUCAGCGCUUACAUCGGUGUCGUCUUCGGUAGCAUUGAAAUCGGCCUCGUUGUCGCGGUGGCAUUGUCCAUGCUAAGAGUGCUUCUGUUUGUAGCAAGGCCUAAGACUAUGAUCUUAGGUAACGUCCUUAAUUCGGGCACGUAUAGGAGUGUGGAUCAGUACCCGAAGGCAGCAACCGUGCCUGGAAUCCUCAUCAUUCACAUUGGUGCUCCCAUUUACUUUGCCAAUGCUGGUUACUUGAGGGAAAGGAUCUUCAGAUGGAUAGAUGAAGAGGAAGAGAAGAUUGACAAUAUGAGUGGAACUGAGCUACAAUAUGUCGUUUUGGAUUUGAGCGCCGUUGGAAACGUUGAUACGAGUGGGAUUUCUAUGCUUGAUGAAGUAAAGAAGGAAUUAGAUUUGAGAAAUCUCAAGCUUGUAUUGGCAAACCCAGGAGGGGAGAUGAUGAAGAAGCUUGAAAAGUCAAUGUUAAUGGAGUCAAUAGGGAAAGAGUGGAUAUAUUUGACAGUGGCAGAAGCAGUAAAUACAUGCAAUUACAUUCUCCACACUUGCAAGCCUCCCAAGGCCGCCGCCACCGUCGCCACCACCACCACUGCAACGACUGAGAUUGCAGCAGCGGCAUAUGACAAUGUGUAGUGAUAUAAUAAUUGUAUAUAUACAUAUAACAAUUGGUGGGACCCAUUUUCGCAACGGGUUGUCUUACAGG